AUGAAUUCAGAAGUGCGAACUAAGGAAAGAAUGGAAAAAGCUGAGUAUCUAAGGUUACUUAGGUCAAAGAUAUUGCACGUCCAAGCAGAGAUAAGCCGAAACGACGUGAAGCUCAACGACUAUCGGGGCUAUCAACGUUUCUUGGUGACUUUAGUAAAAAUGAAAGAAAGUGAAUCUUCCUUGGAUAAACAAGGUAAAAUUAUCCUUUCAACACAGCGUCUUCCAUACCUAUACUCGGAGGAACUAUCAAACUAUUUCAAUCAUCCAAGUGAACUGAUUGAUCUGCUAAAGAAUUUAGAGAUAUCAAAUCUAGCUCUCAUCCAAGGCUGUCAAGACGCCGAGGAAGUAAUUGAAUCGUUAAGCAGAACCGAAAAGACUCUUAGAGAGGAGAGUGAAAAAGAAGUUGCGACAUUGAAUGAAAAGAUAGAACGACUAAGAGAAAUGAUUCUGGAGGGAGACGACGAGUAUAUUGAAGAAUUCAAUCAGAAAAUGGUCCCCGAAGAGGCAACGAAUGAAGAGGAAGAAUUCAGAAAAUUGUGUGAAAAUGUGGCAAGUGUUUAUAAAGAAAUCUCAGAGGAAGUGGUGUUAGGCAAGCAAGUCAUUACUGCGGUGACACAGUUCGCCCAAAUCGAAGCCCACAUAGCAGAGCGUCUCUCUUCGGUGUCUUCUUAUCCUCCACAGCGAGUUGCACACUUGUUCACCUCAGUACGUAAUGCGCGCAGGAAUGAAUUUCGUCGCCAACAGAGAGAGGAGGAAAAAAGGAAAGAAGAGGAGCGCAAUCGACGUAUUUUAGAGAGAGCUCAAGCUCCACCACCAGAUGUUGCUGCAUUCAGACGUGCUGCAGUCAAGUUGCGAAGUCGCAGUAACUUAUAA